ACAUAUAGGAGGGUAUACCUUUUCGACUUCAUAUAUGCUGGAUGUCUAUUUUACAAAGCUUUAUUUAAACAAGAAUUUAAAUAUCCACAGAUAUCAGUAAGAUUGAUGAUGUAAUCCAUUUGUAUAUAUCUUUCCGUAGAGAUGCGGUACAAAUAAACUCUGAAACGAAUGUACUAAGCUCACGAAUAACCCUUGCAUAACCUGACAUUCACAGCGAAAUAUUAGUCCCUCCCGUAAGUGUGGCAACACUGUUUCAUAAAAACAAACAUUAAAAUAGCAGUAGAAAGUUAAAAAUUGGCUAGUCUGAAUAUUGAGUUGGACCAUGCCCAUUUCUGAACAGCACAAGAAGGGCCUUCAGGAUCUUCUUGUAAAUGAAGAGAAUAGGCCAGUCUUGAUCCAGUUGGCCAAAGCAACUACCAAAAAUGUUUGCAGGACCGAUAAUCCAGAGGAAGCCCUUGGACUCCUAAUCACACACCUUCCGGAUAUAUACAUACUGCUGUCAAAGCGCGCGAUAACCAAGGAAAUGCUGUUCAAGUACUUGACGUCCAGAGUGCCAGACCUAGCCACCAAUUUCACCAAGCCGGACCUAGUUACCAAAGUAAUCAACUACUGGGGCCAAGAUUGUACACAGAGAUCAUCCCCGUUUGGUAGCAAAGCUGUUGUCUCCGCUGAUGCAAUAAGGACCGAAGAGGACUAUCCCAUUCACGCAAUUGCUCGGAAGUUUGGCGAAUGGUUCUUUGAACGCUUUAAUGCAAACAGUCUUAGGCUUGUGGACCUCUGGACCGACGCGACCCUGCACCUUACUAUAAUGGCCAGCGACGGGAUCAAUGAGCUUGAAUGCAUGACGGCUGCAGAAGUGUUGGCAGCGUUAACCGGCACCAAGCAGCAGUUCGGCUUCCACUUUAAUCCAAAUUUAACGCACGCCGGCAUCCAGGGUCGCAUGGAUGCGUACGGCCAGGUUGUGGUGCUUUGCUGCGGAACCCUCCACACAGCCGAGAGUAGCGUUGGGGUGUUCGAGUGCGCCUUUGGCCUGCUGCGGGACCCAUAUUCGGAAAACAACUGGAAGCCCAAGAAAGUCAAGUGCUUGUUGAAAAGCAAGCUGCGUCCCCCUGAGCUUCAUUGUCUGUGCUCGAGCGAGACCCUGCAGGAAGCCCUAGGUCUAUCAAUGCCUAGCGACGACCUUGACUUGGAUGCCGUAAAUUGAAGACUGUUAUUGAACUAGCAUUAGUACGUGUUCACAGCGAAAUUAAGUAGAAUAGGACUCACCUGAUGUUUACUUUCCGCCAGUCAGUAAUUACCAAAUUGCCAGCUCACAAUAGGCAGCGAAGGGCAAUCGGCCCAGUCAGAAAAUAACCAAGCUGCAAGUUUAAAGAAAAUCAGGAAUUAAUAUACUAAAACGUGAGGGUCGGCCCAAUCGUCAGCGGUCACACAGCCGCAGUA